AUGGCUGGAUUAUUAGAUUUGAAAAAUCAUUUAAUAUUUUAUAGAUCAUAUCAUUUCAAUAAUACAAAUGUAACAAUUCAUUUAAUAUGUAUUCCAAUAAUUUUAUUAACAGCAAUAAGUAUGUUAACUCCUGUGAAAUUAUCUUUCAUAAGUUUAAAUCCACUUUUCAAUUUAGGUAGCCUAAUAGCUUGGAUUUAUGGAAUUUAUUAUAUUGCAUUAGAUUUCAAAGUUGGAGGUAUAACAGCUUCAAUUUUAACAAUUUUUAGUUAUUUUAUAACUCAAGUUUAUAAUCAAUUAUCUUUUGCAGGUCAAGAUAAUUUUUUAAAAAUUGUUAUAGGAUUACAUUUAAUAAGUUGGAUUGCACAAUUUUAUGGUCAUGGAAUACAUGAAAAAAGAUCACCUGCUUUAUUAGAUAACUUAUUAGGUGCUUUAGUAUUAGCUCCAUUUUUUGUUUCAUUUGAAAUUGCUUUUUGGUUUGGUUAUAAAUUAGAUUUGAAGAAGUCCAUGGAUAAUGAAGCUGGAAAAAAUAUAAGAGAUUUUAAAGCAAAAGAAAAAGCUAGAAAGAAAGCAAAACUUCAGUAA